GCACCAACGUUUGCUUGCACUGAGGAAGCAGCUGAGGGGCGCCGCGUACCUUGCCGGAGGAGGUCCCAGUAGACCCGAGACAGGUUCUCUUUCGGCAGUCGACCGAGACCUGUCACUUCCUUGUGCACCUUGCUCUACGUCGUCAUGGCGCUGAAGUUUGAUGGCAAAGUCGUGGUCGUCACAGGCGCCGGGGGAGGUCUGGGCCGAGAGUAUGCACUCCUCUUUGCUGAGAGAGGGGCAUCUGUCGUCGUCAAUGACUUGGGAGGAUCUCGGAGCGGUGAAGGGAAGUCCAGCUCUGCUGCUGACAAAGUUGUUGAAGAUAUUAAAGCAAAAGGAGGCCGAGCCGUAGCCGACUACAAUUCUGUUGAAGAGGGUGACAAAAUCAUCAAGACAGCUAUAGACAGUUUUGGUCGUGUUGAUAUCCUCAUUAACAAUGCUGGCAUUUUACGUGACAAGGCAUUUGUCAACAUGACCCCUGAUGAAUUUGAUCUUAUUCACCGUGUGCACCUGAGGGGUUCCUUUCUUGUCACAAAGGCGGCAUGGCCAUACUUUAGAAAGCAAGGCUAUGGAAAGGUUAUCAUGACAGCUUCAGGAGCUGGAAUCUAUGGAAACUUUGGCCAGGCAAACUAUGGCUCUGCCAAGCUUGCCUUGCUUGGGCUGAGCAACACCCUGGCCAUUGAAGGAAAAAAGUACAACAUUGCUUGCAACACCAUUGUGCCACUUGCUGGAUCCCGCCUCACUGAAGACAUCUUCCCACCAGAGGUCUUCGAGAAGCUCAAGCCAUCUUUUGUGAGCCCAGUUGUUGUUUGGCUGUGCCAUGACAGCUGCCCUGAAACUGGUGGUGUGUUUGAAGCAGCUGGGGGCUAUGUUGGGAAAUAUCAGUGGUACAGAUCAGCUGGAAAAGCUUUCAUCGGUGAAGAUUUUAUCACACCUGAGAAAGUUCGUGACAGCUGGUCGCAGAUUACUGAUAUGUCAACCGCACAACCAAUGGCUUCCAUCCAUGACCAGACCAAGUCUCUGAUUGAAGUCCUGUCUGGUCAGGCACCGUCACGCCCUGUCGUGUCCACAGCACCACCUGUCGAUGACCCUUCGGUGUUUGUCUACAACCCUGACACAGUCAUCUUAUAUGCUCUUGCAGUCGGACUGUCAACCCAGGAUAAGGAUCACCUCAAGUUUCUUUAUGAGGGGGCCGAGGACUUCUCCGUGCUGCCAUCGUUUGGUGUGAUUCCGGCCAUGCCAGCUGUCUUUGGCUGUGUUGCUCAGCACGAAGAGACAAGGAAGCUCAACAUUGACCCCACAAAGAUGCUUCAUGGGGAGCAGUACCUUGAGCUGCUUCGCCCGAUUGCACCAUCUGGUGUCCUGAAAACUGAGGUUCGGGUUGUCGACGUCCUCGACAAAGGUUCUGGUGCUGUGGUAAUUGCGGAUGCGGACACAUUUGACGAGCAUGGUGAGCGUGUCAUCCACACCCAGUGGUCAACAUUUUUUGUUGGGAGUGGAAACUUUGGUGGCAAGAGAGCUACUGACAAAGCAAGGCCCUUGGCCAACAUUCCAAAUCGCAAACCUGAUGCCGUUGUCGAGGAGAAGACGUCCAUCAACCAAGCCGCACUGUAUCGCCUUUGUGGUGACAAGAACCCCCUGCAUAUUGACCCAAUGUUCUCAGCCGCUGGAGGUUUCCCUCAGCCGAUCAUGCAUGGGCUCUGUUCAUUCGGCUAUGCAACGCGUCACAUCCUCAAGCAGUAUGCAGACAAUGAUGUGAGGAAGUUCAAGUCUAUCAAGGCUAGGUUCACAGGGCCCGUUGUACCAGGCCAGUCAAUUCGAACAGAGAUGUGGAAAGAUGGCAACUGCAUUAUCUUCCAAUGUUCGGUACCUGAAUCAAAGAAACAGAUCAUCUCCGGGGGAUGUGUAGAGCUUCAUGAUGUUGCACAACCACCACCUGCUGUUCCUCAAGCACCUCUGGGAUCAUCACUGGAGUCUGACAUAGAGUUGAAGUCUGACCUUGUGUUUGCUGGAAUGGAGGCUCGUGUGGAGGACAUGCCUGAACUGGCCUCAAAAGUCAAGGCAAUCUACGAGUACAACAUUCUGGUCAAUGGAAAACCAGCAGCUGUCUGGACCUUGGAUCUGAAGAAUGGCAAAGGAGCUGUAUACAAGGGCCCUCCAAAAGAUGGCAAAGCCAACUGCGUCAUUACCAUUGAAGAUGAAGAUAUGUUCAACAUGGCAGUCGGGCAGCUGGACCCUCAGAGGGCUUUUAUGACUGGCAAGCUAAAAGUGAAGGGGAACCUGCUACUCAUGCAGCGGUUGAGGGAGCUGCUGAAGCCACCAAAGGAUUCAGCUCCAUCAAAGCCAGCUUCGGCAGCUGCAGCUCCUACGGCGUUGUCAUCAGUGCCUCUGAAAAGUGAUGCUAUUUUCGUGUCUCUUGAAAAGAAGAUUGCGAGCAACCCUGAUCUUGCUGCAUCCGUCCAGACCAUCUUCCAGUGGGACAUCAAGAAAGACGGGCAACUUGCCAAGCAGUAUACCCUGGAUUUGAAAAAUGGCAAGGGAGCCGUCUACCUGGGCACACCUAAGCAGGGAAAGCCUGAUUGCACGUUUAUAAUGGAGGAUGAAAUCCUGCAUAAUAUCUUCAGUGGAAAGCUGGAUGCUCAAAGGGCAUUCAUGACUGGCAAGAUGAAGAUCACCGGCAACGUGCUGGCCAGCCAAAAGCUUCAGGAGCUCUGGGAGCAAGACAAGGAGGAGAACCCAGAGGACGAGCUGGCUGCAAUUGUCCAGUCGGCCAAGGACAAUGAGGCAGCUGCAGCUGCAGCAGCUAGUGCUGACGGGGAGAGGCCACCACCUCCAAAUGAGCCCCCAAAUACAAUCAAGUCCGACUUCAUCUUUGGCAUCUUCAUUGAGUACCAGAAGCAGGAACCGCAGAUAGCAAGCAUUGUCAAAACUAUCUUCCACUGGAUCAUCCUCAAGGAUGGCAAGAAGGCCACUGAGUGGACUGUGGAUUUAAAGACCGGCAAGGGAGAUUUGUACAAGGGGCCUCCAAAAGGCAUCAAGGCUGAUGUCGCCAUCACCAUAGAUGAUGAGGAUGUGAUUCAGCUCAUGCUUGGAAAGUUGAAUCCACAGAAGGCAUUUAUGACUGGUCGUUUGAAGAUCCGGGGCAACAUCAUGUUGACACAGCGCUUCAACCUGUUGUGGCAAGAAAUUCUGAAAAGUGGAAGAGUGGUUGAAUUGAAGUUGAUGAGCCCCCUCCUCUCGGAUGGCACGCCCCUGAGCAAGGAGCUCUGGAGUGACUGUGCCUUCUUUGUGCUCACUAAGAAGUUGGCUCACCUGCCAGAUCUGGCACCUAAGGUGCAAGCCAUUUAUGAGUGGCGGAUUCUCAAGGAUGGCAAAGAAGCGAGCAAGUGGACACUGGACUUGAAGAAUGGCAUUGGUGCUGUGUAUCGUGGAAGCCCCAAGGACAAGCCUGCAGAUUGCGUUGUAAUCAUGGAUGAUGAUAUCUUCGCAAACCUUGUGGCAGGAAGGGUGAUGCCCCAAGUGGCAUUUUCAAAAUAUGUGAAGGUGGAAGGAAAGCAGGAGCUUGCUGACAAGCUUCACCCACUCUUCCUUUCUGCAUCAAAGCUCUGAACACAACCCAUCAUAAUUAUUUUAGCUUAACACUUGUUAUUCUUAGGGGCUGAUGGGCAAUAUGCAAUGGCGUGGCACUGAUGUUCUUAUUUUUAUAAUGACUUUAUUAAAACAUGUCGAAUAUACUUAUGUGCACAGUAUUAAUUGUUGCCAUGAACAUAUAGCUUCAUUAAGGUUUUCAUAUGUACGAAUAAAACUAUUUUUCAUUAAAGCA